AUGAUUGAGCUGAUAAGACAGAAUGAGGAGCUGGAGUUUAAUAUCAGCAUGCGAGCAACCAGCAUCAUCAGUUACAUCACAGACCAUCUGUCCAUGUUACCGCUGAGCGUGACGUCACGACUGCUGACCACUCACAACGUUCCCGCGCUUCUUGUCGAGUUGGUAGAGAAUGCGCCGUGGAGGAGGCGAGGGGAGAAGGGAGGAGGAGGAGGAGGAGGAGAGGAGAAAUACAUCGACGACGCGUGGCAAGCAGUCGAGCCGGCCGACCGACUGCGUCUAACGAAGCUUGAGGGACAGGUAAUGCUGAUUGGGAAGCUGGAGGGACAGGUAAUGCUGAUUGGGAAGCUGGAGGGACAGGUAAUGCUGAUUGGGAAGCUGGAAGGACAGGUAAGGCUGAUUGGGAAGCUGGAAGGACAGGUAAUGCUGAUUGGGAAGCUGGAAGGACAGGUAAUGCUGAUUGGGAAGCUGGAGAGACAGGUAAUGCUGAUUGGGAAGCUGGAGAGACAGGUAAUGCUGAUUGGGAAGCUGCAGGGACAGGUAAUGCUGAUUGGGAAGCUGGAGAGACAGGUAAUGCUGAUUGGGAAGCUGGAGAGACAGGUUCCUGAGAUGAGGGCGGCGGUGCUGCGCGCGCAUGAGGGACGCUGGGAGGAGCUGGCGCGCUCGCAGGCCAAGUUCCUCCUGCAGCAGAGCAAGGAAGACAUGCGAGAGGAUGCUCGCAGACUCGCCUCGGCUUACGACAUCGACACGCUAGAGAGCGUGAUGUGCGAGCCGCCUAGGUGCGCCCUCUGUGGGCAAGAAGCGGCGAAGCGAUGCUCGCGCUGCAGGAACGAGUGGUACUGCAGGAGGGAAUGCCAGGUCGAUCACUGGAACAAGCACAAAAUAGCCUGCGACCUGAUGGCUGAUCCGGGGAAGUAACACGUGACUACGGGAGAGGAGAACAGACGACAGUAGAGCUACCGUGGUGCCAUCUGUUGUCGAGUUUCUCAUAGAAAAUCUAGUUGUUAUAGAGUAUGUGAUGAUUAGAGGAGAAAUUCUGAAUGUAGCGAUGCCUGAUGUGAUCCGUUUGCUUACGUAUGCGUGAAGAGUGAAUAUGUGGUAUUUAAUCUGUAUCAUUCACUGUGUUGUAAAGUCGUUGUAGUGUGUUCUGUGGUGAUAUUCUUUUAUUCGUCAUUGUAUACAAAUUAUAUAAUGAAGUUGUCAUGUGCUUUGCUAUAGUGUGUUGUACGAAAUUCUUAAAAAAUACAAAUAAAGGUGAAAUUUUGAACGUAAAUCUGA